AGUCACUCGUACACCGUCAGUUCAACGGGGACCCAACUGCACUCGUGACGACCCCACUCUUUCUCGCUACCCAUACGAUUGUACUACACUUUGAGAUUCCUGUGUUUCACAGACUACACGAGCUUAUACGGCGACGUGGACAGUACGAAUAUCGGAGUGUUACAGAGAUUCAAUUUUGUUGCGUUAUCGGACUAAUUAGAGACUUAAUAUUAGUGCAUAUUAGUGAAAUAUACUGAGUUAUUGGAAAGACAAGUUAAAGAACAAAGAAGAAGAAGAAUGAAGCGACACGGUAGAUUAGCAUUGCUACUGCCGUUGUCGGUGUUGCUGAUUACUGCGACAACUAUUCACGCAUCACCGACGUCACAUCGGCCAGAUGAGAAGACAACGGAAGUGGAACAUGAGACUACUUCGACGACAACCAAAACCACGUGGAAAUCGGUGUCGACAACUGAAAGACCAACCAAUCAACCGGAAGUAACUAGCACGACUGCUGCUCCAUUGGGGUGGGUGUCAUUUGAGGAGACUGAAAAGCCUAAAGAUGAUGCAAAAGAGUUGCUAUUCUCCAAGAAUGAUCGUCUUAAAGAGAUCCUUAAACUCGAUGAAAAGACAUCUUCUGAAGAUCUUUCUCGGUUAACAAAGCCUAUUAUCAAUCCCAAGGAUGCACUCUUGCAGGAAAUUCAAACAUUAGAUGAGACUGAAUCAAACAAUCAGAAGAUUCAGGAAGAAGUAGCUAAAGUAAUAAAAGCAGAAGCUCAAAGAACAAGACCAAAAAAACGAUUAAAUAAUCCCAUUACUCUUUCAACAACUUCUGUGCCACCAUCAUCACAACCGGUAUCAACCACUGAAAGUCGUGCAAUGAAAGAGCUACUGGAAGCCGAAACUGACGUUACUUAUAAUGAUAUGGCUGAUGAUGAUGAUGAGGAUGAUGAUGAAGAUGAUGAUAGCGAUGAAGACGACGAUGAUGAUGAUGAUGAUGAUGAUGAAUAUAACGACGAUGAUAUUGAUGAUGAGGAGGAUGUGAUGACAAAUUGUCCUGAUUACUGCAGGUGUUCAGGACAGUUCACUAGUGCUACAACAGCAAGAUGUAGCAAACUGGUAGAAAAGCAGUCCUUCGGUCCAGGCAUCACCCACUUAUUAAUCGAGAAUGCUGGUGAGAUCAGACUCGGCCCACACGCUUUACGAACUCGUAAUUUAGAGCAUUUAGAAACGAUCACGAUUGUCGAUACACGAAUCGCUGGUAUUGAUAGAACGGCCUUCGAUGGAAUUACCUAUCUGUUUGCUGUCAAUCUCAGCCGUACAAAUCUUUUUGACAUUCAUCCAGACACAUUCCAGAACAACAGUCAACUAAAUCUCCUCACUAUUGCUGGUCAUCCAUUACAUAACUGGAAUACAGAUUAUUUAUUAGAUGCUCCAAGUGUAUCAGAGUUUGAUUUCUCAUGGAAUUCUCUACCACAAUUGCCAAAAUCAGCAUUUUCAAAAAUGCCAAAUCUAGCCUAUUUAAAUUUAAAACAAAAUCAACUGAAAAGAGUUGAAAAACACUUGUUUAAACCUCUUACUGCUCUUGCUGAAUUAGAUUUAUCUGGAAAUUUACUGUCAGACCUACCAGUAGAUGUUUUCGAAAAUACGGACCUCCAACGUUUAAAUCUUGCUGGUAACUUUUUAACAACCUUGGCAUCAAUCACAGCUGCAUCUCUUAAUAUAUUGGAUGUAUCAAAUAAUCGUAUUAAAGUCAUUGCAAAGAGUGACCUUGAUAACGUUCCAUUAUUGGAGCAGCUACAUGUGUCUGGAAAUAAUAUGAAGAGAAUUCAUCAACAUGCAUUUUCAGAGCUGGAUCAAUUGGAAUACGUAGACAUUAGUAAUAAUAAAAUAUCAUCCUUAACAGAACAUCAUUUUAGAAAUAAUCCUCGAUUGGAAGUAUUGCGAAUGAAUGAUAAUCCCGAGCUUGGAAGCCUACCAAUCUUCAAAAUUACCGGGCUUGAAUAUAACACAUACAACAUAUAUCGUUUGGAGUGUUCCAAUUGCGGCCUUCAGUUUAUCAAGAGUGGUACUUUUAAUGCGAUGCCGGCAUUGAUUCAUCUAAAUCUUGCCAAAAAUAAACUAACUGGUCUUCCAAAAGGUCUUCUUGAGCCAUUGUCUACUCUUAGAGAACUAGAUCUUUCUGACAACAUGAUAUCUUCUAUUCCUACUCACAUGUUCUACGGAGCGAAGUCAUUGACGAAACUCAAUCUCGCCGGAAAUCCUUUGGUGACACUUCAGGUUACGCCUUUCAUGCAGAUACCGGAACUUUCACGCCUUGAUGUAGAUAGGUGUCAGCUAAGAAGAAUUUGGAGCGAGGCUAGACAACCUCUUAAAUCACUCCGUUUCUUGUCAGUUCGUAACAACGAAUUGGAAAGAAUCACUGUAGAAGAAUUGAAGGCCAUGCCAAAGAUUUCGGGUCUCGAUAUUUCUAAAAAUCCUCUCAACUGCGAUGCGGAAUUCACUGAAGCCAUGGAAUGGCUCAAGUCCCACGGAGUUACACCAACGGAAGCGAUUAAAACCAUGAACCUCAAUGGAAAUAACGGUUAUUCUGCAAUAGAAAGUAUCACCAGCUGGAGUGACUUAACGAAAUUAGUUUGUGAAGACGAUGAAGAUGAUGUUCCAGCUCCUAAAUCAUCAUCACCGAAACCAGACUUAUUAUUCCCAAUUGAAAUUACUGAUGAAGAAGCUGCAGAAAUCUCUAAAGCUGAUCUUGAAGCUGACAUCAAUAAGAUCAAAAUGCUUAACCAUGGAAAACAACUCAAUGAUAAUUUCGAUGAUGCUUGGCAAGAAUUGGAUAAGAAUGUUGAAUACGCAGAUUAUUAUAACGAAAAAACCAUCGAGUCAUAUCCCACAUGGUACUCUACCGCAAUGUGGUCAGUUCUGACAGUAGGAUUUGUCACAUUAGGUGUGCUUUUGAUCAUUAUCCAGUUUGCCCGCUUUAUGGCAAGUCGUCGAGGUCGCGGACCUGUCAUUCGACCACCACUAAUCCUUCGCCAAGGUCUUGUAGAUAAUAAAAAUUGUGGUUUAGUAUACAAACCAUUGCAAGAAGAAAUUCCCACCCCUCAAAUGCCUAAAAAAGGUAGUGGAUAUUCACGAGGACCAUUCCAUUAUAAACAAAUUGUGCCAGAAAGCAGCUAAAUAAUUAUUUCAUAUUAAUUUAAGAAAAAAGUAAGAAAAGAGAGAGAGAGAGAAAAGAAUAAAUAAAUGAGGUAUUAAUAAGAAAAUACUUGUCAAGAGAUUUAAUUAUUAUUCAAUUAAUCUCUUCUUCAAUAAUCAUUUAUUUUUAUAAUGAAAGAAAAUUAGUAAAUGUAUGAACCAUACAAAUUAUAUGGUAACUUCUAAGUGAUAAGUGAAGGAAACAAGGAAUAUUAAUAAGUUAAUUGCUUGAUUUGAUAAAAUUUCAUGUUUAUCAAUAUCAAGAAUGAAUGAGCAACAAUAAUGGCAAAGGGAUUAAUUAUAACUAUUAUGAUUGAUAAUAAUUAAGACUUAAUAUUAAGCAGAUAAUGAAUUUUAUACUGCAAUUUACUGUGAAACUUAAAUGCUGAAGCAUAUUGUACCUAUUAUUAUAUCUUAAUUUUUAUGCAAAAA